ACAAGUCCCACCUCUCUCUCUCUCUUUAUCUCCCCAAAAAUCAAGGAUCUGUUUUCUCUGUUUUUCACUCCCAUGUCUCUCAUUCAUUCUUUUGGCCCCCCUUAGCCCCCUUUCCCUUUUGUUUCCCACAUUUCCCAUAUCUCUCUGCUCCCUCCUUGGAGGACAACAUGGCGAAUGCUGCAUCUGGAAUGGCGGUGGACGACGAGUGUAAGCUGAAGUUUUUGGAGCUGAAAGCGAAGAGGAACUACCGGUUCAUCGUGUUCAAGAUUGAGAACCAACGGGUGACGGUCGAGAAGCUCGGGAACCCUGAGGAGAGCUAUGAUGAUUUUGCUGCCUCCCUCCCGAGCGACAAGUGCCGCUACGCUGUCUAUGACUUCGACUUCACCACAGAUGAGAAUGUCCAGAAAAGCAAAAUAUUCUUCAUUGCAUGGGCUCCUGAUACAUCAAGGGUGAGGGAUAAGAUGGUGUAUGCUAGUUCCAAGGAUAGAUUCAAGAGAGAACUCGACGGGAUUCAAGUCGAACUGCAGGCAACAGAUCCCAGCGAAAUGAGCAUCGACAUUGUCAAAUCGCGAGCCAUAUAAUUCAAGACUUGUUGGUUUUUUUUGGCUCUGAUCGAUAUUCCUUGCGAGGGGCCUUUGAUAUGCCUUUCGUAUCAAGAAUGAUCGAGUUUUGCGCUUUCUCAACUCUCUUCAUUUGUAUUCGUAUCGUCCUUUUAGUAGUUGAUGUGUUUCUAGUCAAAACCAAGUGAGACAUGUGAGAGAUUUGCAACUUAUUGUAACUUCAAGGCCUUUUGAGCCUCAUUUUCCCUCUUUAGCUACAGACCUCAAUAUCACUUUACAAUCACAACACUACUUGA